AUGAGUGAACUUUAGCGACUUAUCUUUGGAGAUAUACUAGAACCAGAGAUUCUAGACAAAUUAUGCAACAUCUAGGAUAUAGAUGAGUAUGGUGUGGGUGAAGAUAGCGAAAAUAACAAUGAGAACUCAAGGUCAAGGAGUCAUACUAAUAAUCGCAAUAGAAAUAGAUUCAGCUCUCAUCCUAAAAAUCGGAAAAAUUAAGACCAGAGUGAAUCAAGAGGAUCUGUAGAUGAUUUAGAUAAUAUAAAAACACCAACCUCUAGAAGUGGUGGCUUGGAUGAGGAUUAAGAUCGAUACAAUGAUGACUUUGAAGUAUCAGACAUUGAUGAGGACGACAAAAAAAAUCUUAAUUCCUAGUAAAUAGACUCCUAAUCAGAUAGUCAAAGUAGAUUCUCCAGGACACCCAAUACCAACCGUCAAAAGCAUAGGCCGAGAGUCUAGUUUACUGAUAGCAUCUAAGAAGAAUUAGGAGGUGAUCAGAACAGACAAUAUAAGUCGGUGGACCUUUCAGUCCUUUACUAGACUAAAAAUGAACUGGUUUACAAGCUGACAGAACUAUACUUACCUACCACCAAGAUUAAGAAGGAGAAGAUGAUUGAGUACAACAAGGAAAAGAUGAUGACAUAGAAUGACAUGGAGACUGAAGCACUUCGAUCUCAAAAGCGCAAGAUUAAAGAGGAAAUCAAAAACAUCAAAGCUAAACUCAAACAUCAGAUCAAGUAUUCUAAUCCAGCUCCAUUAUUAGAGGAUGUGAACUAUAUGUAUACGCCAGGUAUGAACACAAGGCAAAUCGACAUGAUUAGAGACAGAAAUAAGUACAGCCAUACUCCACACAUUGCUAGAAUUCUCCCGCAAAAAAGACAUAUGACUUAGCAGUAGAUAGCUGAAUCUCAAAAAUUGUUGUAGUAAUAAUCAUUGGAAGCAAAGCAACAGAAAAACUAAGAAGAGCAUUAGCACUAAAUGAAGCAAAUGUCAGAGAUUGAAGAUAACCUCGGUCUUACUGAAGUGAUUAUGAUCCAAGAUUUGGAAUAGGAGAUCACCAAGCAAUAGCUGACUGUUGAUGUGGAGUAUAAGAAGCUGGAGAAUAGGUACUUUUAAGUCAGUCAAAAGGUUGUUGAACAAGAGCUAAGCAUGGCCGACUUGAAUUCUGAGGAAAAAGAAGUUAUCAAGAAAUAUCUUAAGCAUCAAUCAAGCAUCGUAGUUGAGUCCAAAUACCCAGUGAUGCAUCUAUCGAAACUUGAAAAGUAGUGCUACAUUUUCAUGAAAUACUUAAAUCAAGACGAUUUCAGCUGGAAUGGUUAGAAGUCAGCUAUCUAGAGUGAUGAUACUGGUAUGUUCAUAGACGAUCUGAUUGGGGGUUCAAAUAACAACCAUACCCAUCCUAUCUUCGGUAUCACUAACAAUAACACAGCUGAGGACAAACUUUCUGUACAUUCAGACAACAAUGCUUUCUUUGGAGUUGGCAGAGGUGGGCUUGCAGACAAGAAUAAUUAGCAUGCGAAUGUAGAUCCCUUUGAAGCCUCUGAUUUCUAGAUUUAAGAGUGGAUUAUUGAGUAGAAGUUCAAGCAGAUAGAGUAAGCAAAUAUAAUGCGCGGGGGUCUGGCUAAACGCAAGAAGUACUGGGGUGAGCCAGUCGACUCUACUUCGAUUCAGCAGGUGAAUAAGGACAACUUCGCCUAUAAAAUGUUCCAGAAUAAGUAGUACAACUUGAGAUACAGGAAAGACGAGAAGAUAUUCAAAAUUGAGAAAGUCGUGCCAGCUCAAACUAAUGCCAAGGGAAAGAAAGGGGCUGCAGAGUAAAAUGCGCAAGACCAGAAUCAGCAAGUUGAAUGCAAUCAGAUCAAGAAUAUUAAAGAAUAUGAGUACAUGAAGAAACAAGAGUCAUAUUUCUACAAUGAUAAUGAGAAGAAAUUCAACAUCAAUUCUGUCAUUAGAGGAAUCCAACUAGAACUGGGAAUGAUAACUGAGACAGACUUUUACAACUAAGAAGAUCUAGAUGACUAGAUGGAGAUGUCUACUCAUGCCUCAGUGUCCCAGUUAACCAGCAAGUCCCACAACUAACUUUCCAAAGACUCAGCAAAGCUUUCUCUUAUUCAACAGUAAUAGCAGCUGCAACUGCUGCAGUCUUAAAAAUCUAACAGUGUGCUGACCUCUGUACAGACUCAGUAGAGGAAGGAGUAGAUACUGAAUGACUUCGUGGACAAUUUCGACAUGCACUUCGAGAGACGCAAGAAAGAACUCCAUGAUGUGAUGCUUAGAAAGAUCCAGUUGCAUGAGAAGGCCAAUCAGCAGAACACCAGUACGGGACAGCAGUAGACAGUGGCAUAUGCAAGUGGAGGUCAUGCCCUAUUGCAAGUAAGUGGAAUGGAUGGUAACGGCAAAAGUGGGGAUGGAGCUAACAGAGAAAAGAAUAAGUACAUGGUGAGCAUGAACAAACUAAGAGAUGAUCAAGACUUCGGAGGACUCGGCAUGCAUGAUCACAACCACAACUAAGACGAGGAGAUGCUAGGUGACGAACCUUAGCAACCGAACAAAAUGAAUCAUGAAGGCAUGAUUGGAGAUGACAACAUGAGACUGAGAGUCACCAAGUCAAGAGCCAAUGAGCUCAAUCACGCUAAAUGCAUUCUUAAACUAUCCUAUACCAGAUUUGAUUGGUCAGAAAAAGCCCUCCUCAACUUCCACAGGCCAAACAUCAAUGAUGUGUUUGCCUAUCUGAAGCAAGAGAGAGACAUGCUAAUCUAGUAAAUGAAUGCAGCAGCUGGCUAGAAAUCUACCAGCACCUUUGUGUUCUCUCAAGGCUAGUUGAAGCUCCAGGAAAGAUAAGAUCCAAUGAGCAGCAGCACUUUGCAGUAGCUUAACAUUGACUAGCAACUCGGAUUGAAUCAGUUCUUGCAAAUGAAGGUCAAGGUCAUAUCCAACGAUGCAGUUGACAAGAGACCUAAGAAAGCAGGAAUCAUCACUGCCCAUGACUUCUUUAGAGACAGAUUCAAACUUUCACUCAAGGACGGCAAGUUCUGCGUGUUCGAACAUAUCGAUUAGCAGCCUCUGUUUGUGAAUGACUUUGGAAUGGCUAGCAAGCUCAAGAGAUAUCUCUACUCAGACAAGUUCCUGCCAGACUCAGCUUUUCUCAAGCGUAGAGAAAACCAGACAACCCGCCACAUGGGUCCACAUGGAGUGCAGAUCCUCAAGAAGAAGGGAGAGAAGAUCCCACUGCUGGGCUAGAUAGAUACCAAGUUCUAAAAGGGUAUCACAGUAAUGGAGAACAAUAUGUACUACUGUCCAGUGUUCUAUCAUAAGCCACAGAGAAAUGACUUCCUAUGCGUGCUGCAUAUGGACAAGAAUCAGUAAAACACUAUAGUAGUCAGAGAGUUAAGUGAGCUAUACGUAAUGGGACAAGAAGAACCCAAACUUGAAGUGUAUAAUCCACAAAGCAGACAGUAUUAGCAUUUUAUCAAGAGGAGAACUCAAGCAUAUGUUAUUAGAUUCUUGCAAGAGAAUAACGACUACAUAAGUUUCUAAGAGUUGAACAAGUACUUUCCUUACAUAAACGACUAGAUCCUCAAAAAGAUCAUCAAAGAAAUAAAUGUUGAAGUAGACCGCAAUCAGUACUGUUCCCUUGGCCAGGAGUACAGUGACGAGCAAUUCAGAUAACUCAUCACCCCUGAAAAUAUAUGCCAGUAUGAGAGCGCAGAGUAUGGCGAGCAGAUGCUGAAAAAGGUAGGUAUUAGAGACAUCACCAAUGCUGAUAAGAUAUCCUAUGCUACAAAUAAGUUCUGCUCUGAGGAGCCCAAUCAGAAGAAGCAGUUGAUUGCUAGAAUCAUAGAGGAAGAGGUGCUUUCUACUCCCUGGAAUCUUUCUCAAAAUUUCAUUCACAACAAGCAAACUAGAGGUAUGAUGAUGCUUGAGGGAAUUGGUGAUCCAUCUCAUGGCUGUGGCGGCUACUCCUAUCUCAAACUGCCUCUUAAAAUCUCUUAGGACUCACUUAACAAAGCCAAAAUCAACCGUAUGUAUCUGAACCCUGCCAUCCAAAAUCCCAAAGCAGUGACAGGCACUGAUGCAGACUUGAGAAAGCUUAGCAAGAAGGAAAUCAAGAACAAGUUGAUAGACCUUGGCUUCAAAGAGGAAUCAAUCGCCGAGUUCACAAGAUGGCAAAUGGUUGCAGUGCUUAGAGACAAAAGUAGCCAAGCAGUGUCUCAAGGAAUGGAGGGCGAGAUGAAGAAAUUUGCAAGAGGAGUCAGAUUCACCAGCAAAAAGCAGAGAGAAAUGUAUUAAAAGCAGGUCAACGAUAUUUUCAAGAAGCAAAUUGGCUACCUUAGCAAGGAAAGCGGAGACUUUAUUCAAGACUACAGUGACUCUGAAACUCGUGACUAAAGGCAAAAGAAGAUCAAUGAUAUCUAGUAAACUAAUAACAACAGCAGAAAUAUAGUAGAGUUGAAGGAGGAUAUAAAAGUAGAAAACAUAAGAGACAUACCUAACUUCGAAAUACUUCUAAUGGCUAAUCAAGCUAUAGGUCCUGCUUCCUCAAAUCCAGCUGGAAGUCUAAACAUUGGUUCAAACUCAGGAGGAGUAGGGUAGAUACAAUUCGGCUAUGACCCAAGCACAGGUAUAUUUGACAAGGAAGCAGCGGCAUAAGCCCUAAAGUAAAAGCUAAGUGAGGGCACUACUACUUUGGCUUGCACUAUUCUUAGAAAGAAAAUAAAGCCAGUAGGAUCAUAAGGCUAUGGUACAACCUUAGAGCAGCAAAUAGAGAGAGUCAUAUUCUGCUCUGAUCAGAGACAAAUCAAAGGUUUCAACAAGAGAAUCAACAAGCAUAAAAUCAAGUCUCAAAGAACUAAGAAGCAAAGUCUAAAGGAGAAGAAGCAAAUAACCAAACCUAUCCUUGAUGAUAGACUUGCGAGGUCUGAGACAUCUAGUGUGAUGAGAUAGAACCCUAUGAACACCAGAGAUCAGCCCAUUAGCGUUGGAGGUCAUACUGGACCUGCUUCUACAAUAGGAGCAGCAAGUACACAUUCUCAGGGUGGAAUGGGUGGAGCCCCAAAGACAACCAUUCAAAUCGGAGAGCCUAUUAAGAUCAGUCUUGGUGCAGCUGCCUCGCAAGGCGGAAUACUUUAGGAAAGCAGUAGAUCAUAGUCAACAGAUGUGUAUAUGAGACAGACCGCUCAGCAGACGCAUAGUUCUUAAAUACAAAUACAAAGUUAGCAUGUUCAGUAGUAGCAGCAAUAGCACUCUUCAUACAGUCAAAGUUCAAGCAGUAUUUAAUUGCAGUAAUAGAGUUCAAAGCUAUCAAUAAGUUUGGGGAAUCUGAAUCAAAUAGCACCAUCAAUUACAGCACCUACAAGCACAUUCAAGCCAGCUAAGAACACUUUAAAAUACUCUCAGCAGAUCAAGCUAUCAGAUUAAAUGUAUGAUCCAUAUCAGCAAGAUUCUCAGAAAAUUAACUAUGGAAGCUCAGAGAGUAAGCAGAUCACCAAUGCAUAGUAACCAGCAAAGAUAGCUAUAUCUCUAAAUUUGAGUGACCAGCCAUUUGAAGCUCCAGAGAAAAUUAAGUCUAAAUCAAAAGAUGAGAAGAAGAAUAAGUUGUCUAAGCAGAAGAAAAUUCCUCAGCCUAAUAAGUUUGCCACCACCACUUACAAUGAUGAAGACUUUGAGUCUUACAAGCCCAAAACUCAGACUUCCCGCCGCAGACAACAAUCAGGUCUCGCCUUGCUAAAUGAGCUGUUUGGUAACGUGAUUGACUACUGCAUAGUCUACGACAAGACCAAGUUAUUCCACUACCAAGUCAAGAAGAAGGACGCACCUAACUACUAUGAUGUUAUUAAAACUCCUAUUGCUCUAAUGGAUUUGAAGAACAAAGCUAAGCGUCAGGACUAUCAUACUAGAGAGCAAUUCAUGGAGGACAUGGCUUUGCUCAGAGGCAAUGCUGAGAUAUACAAUGGCUCAGUCAGUUAAAUUGCCUAGCUUGCCAGAGAAAUAGAAGGCCAUGCAGUUUAGAAGUUGGAUGAGGUAUCGAGUGACAUCUAGAACUUUGAGAUGCUAGUCAUGGAACAACAGAACUCAACAAUUAAGAUUUGA